CCCGAAAGUCUGCAGAAUAUGAUGACAUCAUGAAAUGGCUAGCUCUUCCUCGCCUAUCGUUAUACAAGAUGAUGAAGAUGGUGGACAUCAAGCCGCUGGCACUGCAGCUCGCGCGGAAGCCAUGCCUGGGCAACCACCCCCUGCAGCGCCCGCACCAGCCGCAUCCGAAUGCGUAAUAUGUAUGGAGGUGUACGAUGAUGAGCAUUACCCGGUUGUGACACGUUGCGGGCACCACGCAGGCGAGCCCUGCAUGAGGCAGUGGCUACGAAUCCACCGCAAAUGUCCCAUCUGCCGCAAAAACGCAAAGCCCGGCAAUAUGGUACGCGUGUACAACCUACCGACAGUCGCGGCGGCGGGAGCAGGUGGCAGCGGGAACGGCGGCAGCAGCGCUGCCGGGGCCGCGCCUGCAGCAGCAGCGGCGCCGGCUGCGCCUGUCAGCCAGAGCCAGCUGGCGGAGCGGGAGCUCAUGCUGCAGGCGGCGCAGCGCGCCAAGUCCAAAGCGGAAGAGGACGCCCGCCAGGCGCAGCGGCUGGCACAGGAGCGAGAGGCAGAGGCCAAGCGCUACAAGCUGCACGUGGAGGCGCUGCUCGCGGAGAUGGCCAAGAAGGACAAGCGGUAUCAGGAGCAGCUGGCGGAGCAAGAGCGCAGCGCACGGCAGGCCGUGGCCGCAGCCGCUGCGCCGCCGGUGCUGCCCUUGCAGCCCGCCCAGCAGCAGUACCACCACCCGGGGCAGCAACUCUACGGGCACCACCAGCACCAACAGCACCCCCGUGCCUGGCCGCUGCAGCCGCCACACGGCCCGCACGCCCCGCAGCAGCAGCAGCAGCAGCCGCACGGGCAAGGCCCGCCGCACCAGGGUGCACCGGGGCUUCCACAGGGUGGCUGGUCGCAGCCGCCAAGCGGGUGGCCGCUGGGUGGCGCAGGCCCCGGGCCGCAUGCCACUGGUCCCCCAGGCCCCAACGGCACUAACGGCACCAACGGCAGCGGGCAUGGGACCUCCUCCUCGGCAUCGAGUUCCUCGGCCUCCACAAACGUAAGUGGCGUGCUGCGGCCGCCAUCGGCGGUAGGGCCGGUCGCUGGUGCCGGCUCGCAUGACGCUGCCUCAGGGCCGCUGCCGGCCGCGUGGGCCAGUGGCCCCAAGCCGCCUGCUGCUGCCGUGGCGCCAUCAGGGCGCCCGGGCUCGGUGGGGCCUGGGGCAUUUGCCGGACCAACAGCGGGGCACAUGCCGCCACCUGGGGCCAUGUGGGGCCACUUCCAGCAUAGUGGCUCCACGACACCGCCCCUCUCGGCCGCGCCGCACCACCAGCCCGACGCGCCCGGGGCAUCGGUAGAUGGCGGCGGCGGCAGCGGCCGCUUCGCGUCCUCUCCUUACCCCUGGUCGCACGCCUCGCUGCACGGAUCGGGUGCAACUCAACAACCGCAGUCGCACACGCCCCAUCAGGCUGCAGGCUACCCGGGCACUGCUACUGGGCGCCCAGCGCUGUUUGAGCGGGUGUUCGGUGUGGCCAUGGAGGGAUGUCGCUUUGUGGCGGUGGAUGCCGAGCGAGGACGGCUUCUGGCCACGGAGAGCUCGGGCAUUGGGGGUGGCAAUACGUUCAUCCGCAAGAUCAGCCUGGCGUCGCCAGAGAGCUCCACGCGCAUCCGGCUGCCCGCCAAUGCCGGCCUGGUCACGGACCUGCAGCUACCGCCGCCAGAUUGCGGGUCGGCGCCGGCCGCGCAGCGCCUGGUGGCGGUGGUGGCUCGCGGCGCGGGCCUGUGCCUGGCCUGCCCCCAGGCCGACAGCGUGGUAGCCUCCUUCAAAGGCCUGCCCACCAGGGCAGUGUCCUGCAGCUGGGUCGGCAGUAGCAGCGGCGGGAGCAGUAGCAGCAAUGGCAGCAGCAGCAGCGGCGGCCACCUGCUGCUGGCGGGUUUGGAGCAGGGCAACCUGGCGCUGCUGGAUGUGCGGCGUCCGGACCGCCCGGUGGCGGUGCUGCCGGUGCUGGCCAACACACAGCGCUGCGCGCAGAUGCCGGUACGCACAGUCGUGGCGCUGCCGGCGGCACCUGCAGGAGUGGGCGCGGCUCCGACUCCGACCUGCUCGCUGUGGCCCACGUGUGCCAUCUCGUGCCCGCGCGGCGCGUGGCUCAUGGUGCCGGCGGAAGCAAGGGGCGCGGCAGACGACAGCGGCGGGACCUGGCCAGCGGCAACAGCAACAGGAGAUGGAGUGAUCCAGGGUGGAGGGGCGGCCGCGGCUGCAGGCACGGCGCUCUUGCAGCUGGAUGGUGGGUUCGGCGCUGGAGGCAAUUUGCAGAUUGAGUCGCUGGCUGUGCACUGGCAGGAGGAGGCAGCGGGCAGCAGUGGCGAUGCCAUCAGCGGCCACAGCAGCGGAGGUGGUGGGGGCUGGCGGGCCGCGCUGUCUUGGCGGCCUUCACACGCGUCUGGCGGCGGAGGGCCCAUGGCGGCUGGGCCGCGGCACGAGGUCGGGCGAUUGCAGGGUGCAGGUCCCGUUGCGUUCAAACACGAGGUGACUGUGUCAGAGUACUCGCGCUGCGAGCUGCAGACCGUUCGUAGCUGUCUGGUGCCAGUCAGCUCUACCAGCGGGUCCGCUACGGCCGAGGACCCGUGGCUGCUGCUCGCCUCAAGCGACGACCGUACAUGCACACCGCUAAUCUGGUCGCUCGGAUGCGGCUCAGGGCCGGCGGCAGGCUCGCUGCUGCAAAGGCUGGACCCGCAUCCGACAGCACUGAACUGCCUGGCAGCAGGAGCUGGAGCAGACGCGGGGCCUGAUGGCGGAACCUCUUUCUUGGCUUGCGGUAGCGAGUCGCGCGUGGCGGUGUAUCGCCGACGUUGCGAGUAGGGUGGUUGGACGGCCAAGACUAGUACGUGUCUGGCACUGCUGCUCGCUUUUGUGGGCUCGUGGGGGCAUGAUCGGCAUGUGGUGGGCGACGGCACUUUUUGAAGCCCUCUAGGCCCGAAUUAUGUCACAAGUACUGAAAUCGUUUUAUGUAUCAAACACUUUGAGCUCGCUUCACGACCGAGUGAGAACUUGGGAACUCAAAGACACAUGUGAUUUGGACCCAGCUUGCAAUACUUGAAAACUGUAGGCUUGGUUGACAAAAUAUCUAACUACGCCGAGUCGCGCGGCGUGUGAGUUGGCAAACUUCGGACGCAUGUCGACGUGCCACGCAGCCCGACCCGUCCUAGGCUCAACAAGGGAAUCGUAGAUUGACAUU